ACCUGCGGCCACCUAGCUACGUCACCUGUCGCCACCACCACCACCGGGGGGACGCUCUCUCGGCACGCAUCGCCGCCGGUCACUCCUCCCCGCCGCUCCUCUCUCUGUCCGGUGGAGGUGGAGAUCCGCGCAGGCGAGGGUCUGCUCCGCUCGCGUUGCACUGGUUAUAUUCCUUUCAGCUGUUUGUGGAUGAAUCAGGUCAGAAGGAGCACACUCGUGUUUGUACUGUACUUGACUGAGGAGAUUAGGUCUACGCAUGGGGGCUCCAAAGCAGAGGUGGACUUCUGAGGAAGAGGCUGCUCUUAGAACUGGAGUCGCAAAACAUGGAGUUGGAAAUUGGCGCACAAUAUUGAAUGAUCCAGAACUUAGUUCCAUAUUGCGCUACCGCUCGAAUGUUGACCUAAAGGACAAGUGGCGUAACAUGAAUGUAACUGUCACCGCAUCGAGUUCUCGUGACAAGGCAAGGACUGCCGUGAAGAAAACCCGAGCUGCUCCUAAGAACAAUGACCACUCGGCAGCAAUCAGCACAGUUACUUCUGAUGCUGAUGACGAGAUGGUUGAUGCAAAGCCUAUAGCAUCAGUGUCUACUGAAGCGUGGAAUACUUCUACUUCAAAGAAAUCUCACUCAAGGCUAGACAAUAUUAUAAUGGAGGCUAUAAAGAACUUGAAUGAGCCUAUGGGGUCACACAGAACUACUAUUGCUAAUUACAUAGAGGAGCAAUAUUGGCCACCUAGUGAUUUUGAUCACUUAUUAUCUGCAAAACUGAAGGACUUGGCCUCCAGUGGGAAAUUGAUAAAGGUGAAUCGGAAGUACAGGAUAGCACCUAGUUCACCACGCUUAGAGGGCCGAAGCCCCAAGAUGCUGCUGCUGGAAGAUGUGCAAAAGGAGCCCCUGAAAGUAAUGAAUGAUGCUAGUAAAAGCCUUACAAGAUCUCAAGUUGAUGCUGAAUUGGCUCGCAUGGCAACUAUGACCCCAGAGGCAGCUGCUGCUGCUGCUGCUCGUGCAGUUGCAGAGGCAGAGGCUAUCAUGGCAGAAGCUGAAGCAGCUGCGAGAGAGGCAGAGGUUGCGGAAGCAGAGGCCCAAGCUGCACAGGCCUUUGCUGAUGCAGCACUUUUGACAUUGAAGAACAGAAAUGCUGCAAAAUUGAUGGCCCAAGGUUGAUGCUACUUGGAACUCUUCCUGUCCAGCGUUGGCGCAGGUGCAGGCCACCUAUGUAUGUAGUUCAUGUUUCCUGUUGUUUAGGCAAGCACAGCCGUCCCCCUAGUUGCAUGAAGUUGUGUCGUUGGAUCCACUCAUCCGUGUGAGCCCCAACGCCGCAACGAAGGUACGUCUGCUCGGUAUUCCGCCUCGGACACCAUUUCGGAACUCGGUGCCAUGGUAAACUCUUCGUCAGUGUCAUAAAAUUGUCACAUGUUUUCGCUGGCGGUGUGCACGGCACAACGCUGCGUUGUGUUCAUGUUCCAACACAGCCUUUGCAUUGGUGCACGUCUUUGGACCUGUCAUGAAACGGGCAAUCAGAUGAAUGGUCUGGGGACUGUGGAGGUAGAGCAUGGUUGGGCAAUUUUCCCUUUCCACAUUGAAUCUGACAUCCUGUCAUGCAAA